AUGACUGAACAUAUACCAAGGGCGAAAAGCAAUGAGCCUAGCCGUCCUGCCGACGAGAGAUCUCGGCCUAAGAAGCGACCCAAAUUCCCUCAUAUCGGCAAGAAGAUCAACAAGGCGCCUACUCAGAUCCUACAUGUUUACGUUUUCGGUGAGGGAUCCUCUGGUGAACUUGGCCUCGGCAGCAGGCGCAUUGCCAACAAGAAACCCAUUGAUGUCAAGCGUCCUCGGCUUAAUGAUAAUCUCUCCGCCAUCAAGGUCAGCGCCGUUCAGGUAUCUUGCGGAG